AUGAUCUGUCAUGGUGAUUAAUAAGUAUAAUACAAGUUCUUUAAAUUCCCCAGUAUUAAAUCCAAAUAAUACUAGGACAAGAAUGAUGAAUCCCCAAAGACGUAGACUAUCCGAAAAUACGACGGAGCAGCAGAACGACGUGAAUAGAAUGGCUCAGCACAAUGCCACCGCAGAUAUAGCAUCAGUUAUGGAGAAUUUCAAAAAUAAAAACAGCCUGGUUGCUGCCAGGCAGAACAAACUGAAUGCCCUGAAUUCGUUAAACCAGAGGAGUCCACAAUUAUCCAGCACAUCUUCACAGGUAGGAAAGAUAAUUAGAAAUUUAUCAUUUUUAUUGCAAACUUGGAUUGGUUGA